AUGCCCGGCCUCAUAGAGCCUGUGUGGCUGGGGCUUGUUGUGCUGCUCUGCGCUAUCUUACCCCGAGCUUUCCCCACCUGUGAGCCCCUGACCCAGUUCAGCUGCUCCAAUGGCCGAUGCAUCAGUGCGAAUUGGCACUGUGAUUCAGAUGACGACUGCGGAGACGGCAGUGACGAAGUGGGCUGCAUCCACUCGUGCUCCAACACCCAGUUCCUGUGCUCCAGCGGCCGCUGCAUCCCAGACCACUGGGCCUGCGAUGGUGACAACGACUGUGGAGACUUCAGCGACGAGAACACGACCUGCAGAGGUGGAUCAGCAUUGCUGCCAUCUGUGAUUGAGUGCAGCGGGGAGGAAUUCCACUGUGUCACAGAUGGAACCUGCAUCCCUGAGCGCUGGCGAUGUGACGGAGACAAGGACUGCGAGGAUGGAAGCGACGAGAAGGACUGCGAAGGCACCAAAAGGAUGUGUGACCCCAAGGCCAAGUUCACCUGCAAAGAUACAGGCAAGUGCAUCACAAAGAGCUGGGUGUGUGACGGGGACAUCGACUGUGAGGACCGCUCGGACGAAGAGUCCUGCGAGUCCGCUGUCUGCAAGCCGCCCAAGUACCCUUGUGCAAACAACACAUCCGUCUGCCUGACUCCUGAUAAGAUCUGCAAUGGCAAAGUGGACUGUGCCGACCGCUCGGACGAGGGACCCAUCUGUGAUAUGUGUCUCGUAGCCAGAGGGGGUUGCAGUCACCAGUGCACCGUUGCACCGGGGAAAGGGGUCGUGUGUUCUUGUCCCCCUGGGCUUCACCUGGACUCCAGCAACAAGACGUGCGAGGUGGUCGACUACUGCAGCCGCCACCUGAAGUGCAGCCAGGUGUGUGAGCAGUACAAGACCACAGUGAAGUGCUCCUGUUAUCCAGGAUGGAUGCUCGACCCAGACGGAGACAGCUGUCACAGCACAGAUCCCUUUGAGGCUUUCAUCAUUUUCUCAAUCCGGCACGAGAUAAGACGAAUAGACCUUCACAAGCGGGACUACAGCCUUCUGGUGCCGGGGCUGAGGAACACCAUUGCACUAGACUUCCAUUUCAAUCAAAGCCUACUUUACUGGACAGACGUGGUGGAGGAUAAGAUCUACAGGGGAAGGCUCUCUGAGUCUGGUGGGGUGACGGGGAUUGAGGUGGUCGUGCAGCACGGCCUGGCCACCCCGGAGGGCCUGGCUGUGGACUGGAUCACAGGGAAACUGUACUGGAUAGACAGCAAUCUGGACCAGAUCGAGGUGGCCAAGCUUAAUGGGGACAUGCGGACCACACUGAUCGCUGGAGGCAUGGAGCAUCCACGGGCCAUUGCGCUAGACCCAGGGCAGGGGAUCCUCUUCUGGACCGACUGGGACGCUACUUUCCCCCGAAUCGAGGCCGCAUCAAUGAGUGGAGGAGGUCGGCACAUUGUGUUUAAGGACAUGGAAAUUGGCGCCUGGCCUAAUGGACUGACUCUGGAUCAUCUGGAGAAGAGGAUUGUUUGGACAGAUGCACGCUCUGAUGCGAUUUUCUCUGCACUCUACGAUGGCACCGGGGUCAUUGAGAUCCUCAGGGGCCACGAAUACCUGUCCCAUCCCUUUGCUGUGUCUCUCUACGGAGGCAACGUGUACUGGACGGACUGGAGGACCAAUACUUUAGCGAGAGCCAAUAAGUGGACUGGGCGGAAUGUGACAGUCAUCCAGAAGACAAGUGCCCAGCCUUUUGACUUGCAGAUCUUCCACCCCAGCAGGCAGCCACAAGCCUCCAACCCAUGUGAAGAGAAUGAUGGACGUGGUCCCUGUUCACAUCUGUGCCUCAUCAAUUACAAUCGCACUGCUUCCUGCACCUGUCCACACCUCAUGAAGCUCUCAAACAACAAACAGUCCUGCUUUGCACUGAAACGGUUCCUCCUGUACGUGCGGCGGUCUGAAAUCCGCGGUGUGGACAUUGACAAUCCUUACAUGAAUGUCAUGACGGCGCUGACGGUGCCAGACAUUGAUGACGUCACCAUGGUGGACUACGACGCCCAGGAGGAGAGGAUAUACUGGGCCGACAUCAAAACACAAACCAUCAAACGGGCCUUCAUCAACGGCACCCAGCUAGAGACCAUUAUCUCUGCAGACAUAGUGAACUGCCGCAGCCUGGCUUUAGACUGGCUUUCAAGGAACUUGUACUGGCUCAGCUCUGAAAAUGACGAGUCACAAAUCAAUGUGGCUCGCUUUGAUGGCUCCCUGAAGACCUCCAUCAUCCACGGCAUUGAUAAGCCAAGGUGCCUUGUAGUGCACCCUGCCAAGGGGAAAAUCUAUUGGACAGAUGGCAACACCAUCAACAUGGCGAACAUGGACGGGAGUAACAGCAAGGUCCUCCAGCAGAAUCAGAGGGAACCUGUAGGUCUCUCAAUAGACUACACUGCCAGCAAGCUGUACUGGAUAAGCUCGGCCAAUGGCACUAUCAACAGGUGCAAUCUUGAUGGCAGCGGGUUGGAAGUGCUGGAGUCUCUAAAGAGGGAGUUAGCCAAAGGCACAGCUCUGGCGGUGAUGGGUGGAAAACUGUGGUGGGCGGAUGAGGAGUCGGCACAGCUGGGAACGGUUAACAAGAGGGACGGGCGGAACCCUGUGAUUUUGAGGAACAAGACGAGUGGGGUGGUUCACAUGAAGGUGUUCGACAGAGAGGGUCAGAAAGGAAGAAACCCGUGCCAGCUGAACAAUGGAGGAUGCUCACAGCUGUGUUUCCCCACCUCUGAGAACACCCGGAGCUGCUCCUGCACCGUCGGCUACAACCUGCGUAGCGACCGCAUGUCUUGCGAAGGUGUUGACUCGUUUCUGAUGUAUUCCAUCCACGAGGGAAUCCGGGGAAUCGCUCUGGAGCCAAAUGACAACAGUGAAGCCCUCAUGCCCAUCACAGGAACUCUGUUUGCUGUGGGAGUUGACUUCCACGCAGGAAACGACACCGUGUACUGGACGGACAUGGGCCUGAACAGAAUAUCCCGCGCCAAACGUGAUCAGACCUGGAGGGAGGACAUCAUUACCACUGGCAUCAGCCGGGUAGAAGGCAUCGCUGUUGACUGGAUCGCCGGAAACCUGUAUUGGACAGACCACGGUGUCAACCUCAUAGAAAUCUCCCGUCUGAAUGGUGCAUUCCGCUCGGUGGUCAUAUCUGAGGGACUGGAUCAGCCCAGGGCCAUCGCUGUUCACCCACAAAAAGGGUAUCUGUUCUGGACUGAGUGGGGUCAGAACCCCUGCAUCGGCCGCUCCCGCCUGGACGGGUCAGACCAGGUGACCUUGGUCAACUCGGGCAUCAUGUGGCCCAACGGGAUUACUAUAGACUACGAGGAAAAUACAUUAUACUGGUGCGACGCCCGCACAGAUAAGAUCGAGAGGAUCAACCUUGAGACAGGUGAGGCCCGGGAGAUUGUGUUGUCGGGGGCCAACGUGGACCUGUUCUCAGUGGCUGUGUUUGGGCCUUACAUCUACUGGUCUGACAGAGCCCACGCCAAUGGUUCAAUCCGACGUGGCUUCAAGACUGACACCAGUGAGGUUGUGACCAUGAGGAGUGGAUUAGGGGUCAAUUUGAAGGAUGUGACAGUCUUCAAUAGAGGCAGAGAAAAAGGCACCAACCCGUGUGCCAGGAGUAAUGGAGGCUGCCAGCAGCUGUGCUUCCACCUGGGCAGUGGUCGCCGGACGUGCUCCUGCGCCCAUGGCCGCUUGGCAGAGGACGGCUUUGCCUGUGAGCGCUACGAAGGCUAUCUCCUCUACUCUGAACGGACUAUACUGAAAAGCAUCCAUCUUUCGGACGAGAGCGACCUGAACUCGCCGGUUCAACCGUUUGAAAAUCCUGCAUUUUUCAAGAAUAUCAUAGCGCUGGCUUUCGACUACAGUCAGAAGACCGCUGGGACCAACCGCAUAUUUUUCAGUGACGUCCAUUUUGGAAAUAUCCAGAUGAUAAAUGAUGACUGGACAGGAAGAUCUAUUAUUGCAGAAAAUGUGGGCUCAGUGGAGGGCCUCUCCUACCACCGGGCCUGGGACACUUUGUAUUGGACCAGCUCCACCACCUCCACCAUCACCAGGCAAACUGUGGACCAGACACGGGUCGGUGCCUUGAGCAGGGAGGCUGUGGUCACACUCUCCGAGGAAGACCAUCCACAUGUCCUGGCCCUGGAUGAGUGUCAAAGCCUGAUGUUUUGGACCAACUGGAAUGAGCAGAGUCCCAGCAUCAUGAGAUCCACGUUGGCUGGAAAGAACAUGAGGAUCAUCGUCAGUUCGGACAUUCUGACGCCCAACGGACUGACUAUCGACCACAAAGCAGAGAAGCUCUACUUCUCGGAUGGAAACCUCGGCAAGAUUGAGAGAUGCGACUACGAUGGUUCCAGCAGAUAUGUCAUAGUUAAAUCAGGACCAGGAAACUUCUACGGGCUCGCCAUCUACGCAGACUUCAUCUACUGGUCAGACUGGGCCCGCAGGUCUGUGCUGCGGUCAAACAAAUACACAGGCGGGGACACCAAGGUACUUCGAGCGGAUAUACCCCAUCAGCCAAUGGGAAUCAUUGCUGUGGCCAGAGACACAAAUAACUGUGAGCUGUCCCCGUGCCGACACAUGAACGGAGGCUGCGGUGACCUGUGCCUCCUCACUCCGUACGGGAGGGUCAAUUGCACUUGCCGUGGAGAGCGUGUGCUGCUGGAUAACAACAGAUGCGUGUCAGAAAAUUCCUCCUGCAACAUCCACACUGAAUUCGAGUGUGGGAAUGGAGAGUGCGUAAACUACCAGCUCACCUGUGACGGAAUAGCCCACUGCAAAGAUAAAUCAGAUGAGAAGAUGCAGUACUGUGACAACAGAAGCUGUCGGAAGGGUUUCAGGCCGUGCUACAACCAGCGCUGUGUGGCCAACAGUCGCUUCUGUGACGGGAUUGAUGACUGUGGGGAUAACUCGGAUGAGGCUUUCUGUACCAAUGUCACGUGUGGCUCGUCGGAGUCAUCGUGCAGGGACGGGAGCUGUAUACCCAGCUCAGCCUGGUGUAACCAGGUCAUCGACUGUUCCGACGCCUCCGAUGAAAAAAGCUGCAACCACACCGACUGCUCGCACUUUCACAAGCUGGGGGUGAAAGAGAAAGAUUUCAUCAGCUGCAACUCCACCUCGCUGUGCAUCCACCACUCGUGGAUCUGCGAUGGUGCAAAUGACUGCGGCGACUACGUUGAUGAGACCAAUUGCCAGGUUUCCCAUGGACAGAAGUGCGAGGAGGGCCACUUCGCUUGUCCGAGCGGGAACUGCAUCUCUAGCGUGUGGCUGUGCGACGGCCAAAAGGACUGUGAAGACGGGGCAGAUGAAUUCCAGUGCGAUUCAUCAUGCCUGUGGAACCAGUUCGCCUGCUCGAAGAACAAGUGCAUCGCCAAGCAAUGGCUGUGUGACGGCGAGAAUGACUGCGAGGACGGCCUCGACGAGAGCGUGCAGAUCUGUGGCUCAGUGACAUGUGCUCCGGGGCUGUUCAGCUGCCCUGGGUCGUACGCCUGUGUUCCGAAACGCUGGCUCUGUGAUGGCGAGAGGGACUGCCCUGAUGGGAGCGAUGAGCUCUCUGCAGCUGGCUGUGCACCCAACAACACAUGUGAUGACAGCUCAUUUCGCUGCCACAACAAGGCGUGUAUCCCCCAGCGGUUUGUCUGCGAUCACGAUGACGACUGCGGAGACGGAACCGAUGAGUCAGUGGAAUGUGUCUAUCGCUCCUGUGGAUCUGAGGAAUUCCGCUGCAGGGACGGCCGCUGUCUCCUCAGCUCUCAGUGGGAGUGUGACGGCCACGCAGACUGUCCCGACCACUCUGAUGAACUGCCUCUGAACCUCAAAUGUCUGGCUGCAGGAAGCUUGUGCAAUGGCUCCUUCUUCAUGUGCUCAAAUGGACGCUGCAUUUCUGAGGGUAAUCUCUGCGAUGGGAGAGACGAUUGUGGAGACAAGUCAGAUGAGAAGAACUGCAAUGUGAACGAGUGCCUGAAUCGCAGAGUCAGCGGAUGCACGCAGGAUUGCCAGGAUCUUACUGUGGGAUACAAGUGUAAAUGCUGGCCGGGAUUCCACCUGAAGGAUGACGGGAAGACUUGUGUGGAUACUGAUGAAUGCUCCACUACCCUUCCCUGUAGCCAGCGCUGCAUCAACACUUACGGCUCCUUCAAGUGCCUGUGUGUGGAUGGCUACGAAGCCUUGGAGCGCAAUCCCAAUAGAUGCAAGGCUUUGUCAGCUGAAGAGCCUUUUCUCAUCAUGGCCGACCACCAUGAGAUCCGGAAGCUGAGCGUGGACGGCUCAAAUUACACCAUCUUGAAACAGGGCCUCAACAACAUCAUCCACAUCGACUUUGACUACAAGAAGGAGUUCAUUUAUUGGGUGGACUCAACCAGGCCAAGCGGGCGAAAAAUCAACAGAAUGCGUCUCAAUGGGAGUGACCUCAAGAUAGUCCACAGAACAGCAGUGCCCAGUGCCUUAGCAGUGGAUUGGAUAGGAAAAAAUCUAUACUGGUGCGAUGUGGAGAGGAAAACACUGGAAGUAUCCAAAUCCAACGGGCUCUACCCGACCAUCCUAGUCAGCUCGAGCCUCAAGAACCCCACAGAUCUCGCUCUGGAUCCCCAGACAGGAUACGUAUUCUGGGUGGAUUGCUGUGAACCCCCGCACAUUGGGCGUAUUGGCAUGGAUGGUCGAGGGCAAACAGUUAUCAUUGACACAGAGAUCUAUAGCCCCACCGCUCUCACUAUUGAUUAUACCAACAAAAGGCUUUACUGGGCGGACGACAACCACAUCCUGUUUGCCAACAUGGAUGGCACCCAAAGACGCAAAGUGUCCUAUGAUCACAUCCAAGGGGUAAUGGCGCUGACUUUGUUCGAGGACUUUGUCUAUUGGACGGACGGGAAGUCGAAAUCGCUACGACGCGCUCACAAGACAACUGGCACUCAAGGGAUGGAGCUCCUCAAUUCCUGGCAAGCCAUCAAGUCCAUCAAGGUCUACCACUCCCUGCGCCAGCCCGAAGUGCCCAAGCACCAGUGUCAAAUUGCGAAUGGAGGAUGCAGCCACCUGUGUCUUCUAUCUCCUGGUGGGGAUCACAGAUGUGCCUGUCCCACUAAUUUUUACUUGGCUGCUGACAAUAAAACCUGCCUCUCCAACUGCACCUCCAGUCAGUUUCGCUGUGGGACAGAUGAGUGUAUCCCUUUCUGGUGGAAGUGCGACACUGUCGAUGACUGUGGGGACGGAUCAGACGAACCUACUGACUGCCCGGAAUUCAAAUGUCAGCCGGGGCGUUUUCAGUGCGGCACUGGACUUUGUGCUCUUCCUCCCUUCAUCUGUGACGGAGAGAACGACUGUGGCGACAACUCAGAUGAAGCAAACUGCGAGACAUACAUCUGUUUGUCGGGCCAGUUCAAGUGCACCAGGAAGCAGAAGUGCAUCCCUCUUAACCUCCGCUGCAACGGUCAGGAUGACUGUGGCGAUGCAGAGGACGAGACAGACUGCCCUGAUAGCACCUGCUCCCCAGACCAGUUCCAGUGCAAGGCCUCCAUGCACUGCAUCUCCAAACUCUGGGUUUGUGAUGAGGACCCUGAUUGUGCAGACGGGUCAGACGAGGCUAAUUGCGAUGAAAAGACCUGUGGACCGCAUGAAUUCCGCUGCGAGAAUAACAACUGCAUCCCAGACCACUGGAGGUGUGACAGCCAGAAUGACUGCGGAGACAACUCAGAUGAGGAGAACUGCAAGCCAGUCACCUGUAACCACAAGGACUUUGCCUGCGCUAACGGAGACUGCAUCUCCUCCCGGUUCCGCUGUGACGGGGACUACGACUGCCUGGAUAAUUCAGAUGAGAAGGGCUGUGAGGAACACUGUGCAGAUGACCAGUUUCGGUGUAACAACAACCUCUGCAUCUCCCUGAAGUGGCUGUGCGACGGCCAAGAAGACUGCAAGAUGGGGGAAGAUGAGAAAAGCUGCCAGGGAACAGUCGUCCCCUCAUGCUCCGUGAACGAGUAUGUGUGUGCCAGCGGAGGAUGUGUUUCAGCCAGCCUGCGGUGUGACGGACAUGACAACUGUCUGGACGGCUCAGAUGAGAUUGGCUGUGUGAAGGAGUGCAGAGAAGAUGAGUUCCUGUGUCUGAAUCGUGCUCACUGCAUCCCGCGACGCUGGCGCUGCGACGACGUGUUGGACUGCAUGGACCACAGCGACGAGGAGAACUGCAGCCAAGGUGCUUUCUUCUGCCGGGCUGAUGAAUUCAUUUGCAACAACACCUUAUGCAAACUCCACACGUGGGUGUGUGACGGCAAGGACGAUUGCGGAGAUAACUCCGACGAAGACACAGACAUGUGUGCAAAACUCCCCUGUCCACCUACAAGGCCGUUCCGCUGCAGAAAUGAUCACGUGUGUCUGCGCAUGGACCAAGUGUGCAACAAAGUGGAUGACUGUGGUGACAAUUCGGAUGAGGAAGAGUGUGAGGUGGUGGCCGGCAGACCUCGGCCCUGCGGGAAGACCGAGUUCUCCUGCAGUAACCGACGCUGCGUCCCGAUCCAGCUGCAGUGCGACCUUUUCAGCGACUGCGGCGACGGCGGCUCAGACGAGCAGGACUGCAAGGCCUAUUCCAGCGGAGAUGUAUGUGGAAAGAAAACAAAUCCAUGUGGAGAAGAUGCAAUUUGCAACCAGACAUAUGCAAAUUCUGUAUGUCAGUGCAAACCCGGCUUCAAACGGAACCAGAAGACAGGUCAAUGUGAAGAGAUAAAUGAAUGUCUGCAGUUUGACACGUGUCCUCAUUACUGCACCAACACCAAAGGAUCUUUUAAGUGUACGUGUGACCGCAAUUAUAAGGAAAUCAAUGGCAACUGCAUAGCAAAAGGACCAGAAGAUCGAGUGCUCUACAUAGCUAAUGACACUGAAAUCCGAAGUUUUGUGUAUCCAUUUAACCAGAGCCAUGGACACAAACUGCUCACUCACAUUGAGGACAAUGCCCGCAUUAUUGGGAUGGACACACUCUUUCACCACCAAAAGUUUAUCUGGGCUACCCAGUUUAACCCUGGUGGGAUUUUUUACAAAGACACUCUAGAGAGGAGUCAAACAAAAACAAAUGUCAGAAACAUCUGUUCAGACUUCCGUCGCCCGAGAGAUAUUUCUGCUGACUGGAUCACAGGCAACAUUUAUUGGACUGAUCACUCCCGAAUGCACUGGUUCAGCUAUUACACAGCCCAUUGGACUAAAUUACGAUAUUCCAUAAAUGUGGGCCAGCUUAAGGGACCAAAUUGCACCCGCUUGAUUACUGACAUAGCGGGAGAGCCAUACGCCAUCGCUGUCAACCCCGCCAAAGGGAUGAUGUACUGGAGCGUUAUAGGCGAUCACUCUCAUAUCGAAGAAUCCGCCAUGGACGGCUCUUUACGGAGAGUACUCUUGGAGAAAAACCUCAGGAGACCCACUGGGCUGGCCAUCGAUUAUUUCAACCAGCGUUUAUACUGGGCUGAUCCGGAGCUCUCACACAUAGGGAGCAUGAGAUUGGAUGGCUCAGACCCUCUGGUGACAAUCAGUGACAGACACGGAAUCUCCCAACCAUACAGAAUCGAUCUAUUUGAAGACUUCAUCUACGGAACUGGACUAAAACACGAGGUGUUCAAGAUCCACAAGUACGGCAAACAAUCCGUGGAAUUUCUCAGUCUGGGGGUGGAGAAGCCCACAAAUAUUUUAAUCUCCCAUCGUUACAAACAGCAAGAUGCUUCAAAUCCAUGCCUGAGAAUGUCUUGUGACUUUAUGUGUCUGCUCAACCCAACGGGGGCCAGAUGUACCUGUCCAGAGGGGAAGUUACUGCUCAAUGGCACCUGUAGUGAUGUCAACAUCUCAGGUGAGCUGUGCCGUCCACCUUGCGAGAACGGAGGCCGCUGCUUAGCCAAUGAGAAAGGGGACUGGAGGUGCUACUGCUGGCCGGACUUCUCCGGGGAGCGCUGCGAGGUCAACCACUGUACAGACUACUGCCUUAAUGGAGGCACGUGCAUGGGCUCACCUCUUGGUAAGCCCACAUGCCGCUGUAACGUUGGUUUCUCUGGGCCUUUCUGUGAGAAGAGGAUUUGCGACAACUACUGUUUAAACGGGGGAACAUGCGACAUCACUCAGGGGAACCAGCCCGUGUGCCGCUGCAUGGCAGAAUAUACUGGGGACCGCUGUAUUUACCACAUCUGUCAUCACUACUGUGUGAACUCCAAGGCCUGCACGCUAUCCAGCAGUGGCUAUGUGGAGUGCGUGUGUCCCGCCAGGUUUGAGGGAAACAAGUGCGAGGUGGACAAGUGUCUCCGGUGUCACGGAGCACCCUGCCUCAUUAACGAGGAGACAGGAGAUGUGGUUUGCAAUUGCACAAAUGGCAGAAUAGCACCGAGCUGCCAGUUGUGUGAUGGAUAUUGCUACAACGGAGGCACCUGUCACCUGGACCCCGACACCAACCUGCCUUUCUGUCACUGCACGUCAGGGUUCAAGAACCAACGUUGUGAUGAGCUGGCCAACCCCUGCGAUUACUUCUGUCAGAAUGAGGGGAUGUGCACAUUAACAGCUCUUAACAAACCACGCUGCAAAUGUUCAGCCAAUUGGGCAGGAACGCAGUGUGAGAGACCCGCCCCUAAAAGCAGCAGAUCAGACAACACCAGCGGAGGGAGCAUAGCUAUCAUUGUGCCUCUGGUCCUGCUGGUCAUCUUGAUCGUGAUGGUGGUCGGAGGUGUUUACAUCUGCAGACGGCGGCAAAGGGGAAAACGUGUCCAGAGACAGCCCAUGACGAACGGCGGGAUAAACGUGGAGAUUGGGAACCCGUCAUACAACAUGUAUGAAGUGGACCAUGACAACCAUGCUGAUGCAGGCAGCCUGCUGCGACCCAACUUCACACUGGACCCUCACAAGGGCUGGUGCGUAAAAUCCAGCGACCCUCGUACCUUGGGCAUGAACUCCGUGCCCAAGGAGGUAAUCCCAGGACAGCCAAUGAACUACUCCAACCCUGUGUAUGCAAAGAUUUAUAUCGACGGACAGAACUGCAGGAAGCCGGUCAUCAGUAUUGACGAGAGGAGAGAGCUACUCCCAAAGAAAUUAGAGGGGACAAUUCAUGAAACCGCCGCAUAGCCUAACUUUACACUUUGUACUCCGUUUUUUACCACAGUGUAUAAUGUAUAAUACGAAGAAGGAUUUUUAUUUCUAUUUCCUAAGAGGCUUUUAGGUUUUACCGGUUUAGCAUCAGCAUAAUGUCCUUGUCGGUGUGCUGAAGACUUUUAUUUUCCAUCAGCUGUUUGCUUUCCAAUGUUCGUCAAACACGAGUUACACAGCGCUGUGCUGUAAACUGUGUGACACUGAAGUAAAGCUGCUGAUUUGCAAAAACUUUAUUAACACCAUAAGCCACACUCGUGCACAGUCUCGACCUUAAAGAUGCAGUGCCACAACCUGUACGCAUAUCUGUUUCUAGUUUAAGCUCAAUAUGGACUCUGUCUGUUAGUGAAGGUAAUGGACAAAUAUACUAAGUAUCGUAGAGAAGAGUUACAUCAGUUGUUUCUAAGGCUUUUUUUCUGUUUUGUUUGUUUGCCACGUGACACUCGGACAACAAAGCUUCACGUCUGAGCAGUGGAGCUCGGCACUCACGAGGCUUUUUUUUAUCCGCGGUACCCGACGGAUCUGCUGCCUGGAUUUCCAGCGAAGGCCAUAAUAAUCAAGAUGAUCUUUUUCCUCACACACUAUGUAAUUCCACAGGUCCUCUGUCUUUUUCCAUUUCCACGGAUUUCAAGCUCUAUUCACCCCCACGUCUCCACGGUAAUAUAUCACAUGAACUUGUCUUUUGGUGAAAGAGAUUGAAAAGCCCACCUUGAAUGUUCUCCGAUCAGAUUCCCUGGAUCUGGAACUGUACACUGAAGAGACAGAUACUGAAUAAACCAUAUUUUUCUAGGUUAUACGUCAACAGAUGGAUUGAAGACGCAGACACGGGAGAGAUUUACCACAGUUACCAGAAGGUUAUAAAGAGUUACUAUAGAACACAUCUGUUAUUUCAGAAAAGGGAAGAUGAUAAAUAUAAGAAAUUUUAUAAUUUUGUAUUUGAUUUGUAUGUUGUUUGGCUGCUCGUAUUUUGAAGAAAUGUACUAAAUGUAAGUAAUUUUUAUAUAAAAAUGUAAAUCAAUAUUGAAUAAAGGGGGCUUAUUUCCACUCUGUGUCCCACGAUGACCCUUUAAAGUCAAA